GAAAAAAAAAAAAAGAAGAAAUUUUGGAUUUUGAUAUGAUAUGUUGUGAUAAAAAGUUAAGUAGAAGUGGCUUUUGAGAGAAUGGGAAAAGUGUCACCAAAAGAGAAAAUGUCGAAAACGUCGAAACGAAAGAGUAGGCGUAGUAAUAAUGGUUCUAGUAAGUAUUUAAAGCCAGGAGCUUUAGCUCAGAUUCGUAACAGUAAGGCCAAGUUAUGUAUCGAUAAUGUCGGAAAGAAUAAGAUUCAAGUUAUUUUGGAUCAUGAAGAGACUAAUAAUUAUAAUAAUAAUAAUAAUAAUAAUAAUAAUAAUAAUAAUAAUAAUAAUAAUAAUAAUAAUAAUGUCCCAAUAAUUUUAUCGCCCGAAAAGUUUAGGUGUAGUAAUCGUGUUGAUUCGUUUAAAGAGAGUAAUUUACAGAGGACACCCAAAACGCCGUGUCCUGUUGGGGAUUUGUCGGAUUAUGAGUCCAGGCUCGAAUCUCUCCCAAUGGAAUUGCUGGUGAAAAUACUGUGCCACCUGCACCACGACCAACUAAGAGCUGUUUUCCAUGUCUGCGAGAGAGUCAGAAAGGCUGUUGUUAUAGCUCGACAGUUCCAUUUUAACUACACCACACCAAGCAGGUCUCGACAAGAACUGUUGUGCACAUCAACACCACUACCUACUGAACACUGGCCUUUUGUGAGAGGGGAAGGUAAGAGCAAAGAUUUUACACUACCAAGCACGCCAAAAGCACCAAGGCAUGGACCUCGUCCUCCUUCUCGUCUUAAGUUAACAGAAAUGCGCCAAAUUGCAGCGCAACUUUUUCAGGAAUCUGCAUUAUCUUCUAGGUACAUUGUUUCGUCUCUAAUACCAAAACCGAUAUGCAAAACAUUUGCUUCGAACAGAGUGUUGUUCUAUGAUGAAGAGCUUGAGCUUUGCCAGGCUGUUGCUCAGAAUAAACUUCGUUAGUCUUCUUCCGAGACAUCCUUUAAUCAUGUAUAGUAGUACUGCAAUUUCCUCUUUUUUUGGUAUAUUAGAUUCGUGCCACUAGCAGGUAGGUAGAGUAUGAUGGUACAAUUUUGAAUAUCUAAUGGGGUGGCCAUCAGCUUGAUGGCGGCCUAAGAUUUGCAUGAAGCAUGAGUGGUAGAAUACUAAGGUUUGGUGAUCAAAUAAUGUGUUCAAUAUUGUGUUUUGUAUAUAUUGUGAGAACAAUUUGCUUUGGAUUUUGAGUUGUUUUUUUAUGU